GCCGGACAACGUCUCCUCCGUAUAGAACUCCUCCAAGAACAGUUGGAGAGAACAUUUACGAGUGCCAACCGGAAGUACACAGUGACCGCACCUUACGACGGUGCCUCAAGGUGGUACCAUACGACUGCAGCUUACGACGUUCCCUCAAGGCGGUCCCUCAAGGAGGUACCUCACGAAGGAAUACGAAACAAGGAGUUCAGAGUGAGGACGGACGCCCCCAUCGUGCUGCUUCCCUCUUGGCGUCACACUCCCCAAGAUGAAGGUGUUGUGGGCGGUCGUGUGGGCGGCGUGGGCGGCCCUGGCGACCUCAGCGCCCUCUGGAGACCAGAAUGGUGGUGCGAGAGUUGGAGUCGGGCGCGGUACUCCAGUAGGAGCAGUCAUACAAGAAGCUCCACACCAGGGUCAACUCAUCGCAAACGACGUCACCCUGAACAAAAUCUUCCACGACCUGGCCAAGACAAGAGGGACGGUGGUUCCGGCCAACCUGAUUACCGGCUCAAGGCCUCCCUUUCGGGCCAAGGGUCCAACAGCCAUCUCGCCCGACGCUGACUUCAGAGUCAGCAAACAAGGAGAGAUCGCCACGAAUUUCCAUAUCAACGGGCAAGAACAGCCUGCCGCCGCUAACUUCCAUCUCAGCAGACAAAAUCAUCCUGCCGCGAACAUACAAGUCAACGGACAAGGACAACCUGCCAAUAAGAUACAAGUCAACGGACAAGGACAGUCUGCUAUUAAAAUACAUGUCAACGGACAAGGGCAGCAGGCUAAUAACCUAGACAACGGACAAAGACAGCUAGCUAAUGUCCUCCGUGUCAACGGACAAGGACAGUCUGCCGCUAAGAUACAAAUCAACGGACAAGGACAGUCUGCUAAUGUCCUCCGUGUCAACGGACAAGGACAACCUGCCCCUAAGAUAGAAGUCAACGGACAAGGACAGCAGGCUAAUAGCCGAGUCAACGGACAAAGACAGCUUGCUAGUAACCUCCAAAUCAACGGACAAAGACAGCUUGCUAAUAACCUCCAAAUCAACGGACAAAGACAGCUUGCUAAUAACCUCCAAAUCAACGGACAAAGACAGCUUGCUAGUAACCUCCAAAUCAACGGACAAAGGCAGCUUGCUAGUAACCUCCAAGUCAACGGACAAAGACAGCUUACAAGUAACCUCCAAGUCAACGGACAAGGACAGUCAGCCACUAAGAUACAAAUCAACGGACAAGGACAGCCUGCUAAUGUCCUCCGAGUCAACGGACAAGGACAACUUGCUAAUAUCUUCCUUGUCAAUGGACAAGGACAGCCUGCUAAUGUUCUCCGCGUCAACGGACAAGAACAGCUUGCUAGUAACCUCAGAGUCAACGGACAAGGACAGUCUGCCACUAAGAUACAAGUCAACGGACAAGGACAAUCUGCCGCUAAGACACAAGUCAACGGACAAAGACAGUCAGCCACUAAGACACAAGUCAACGGACAAAGACAGCUUGCUAGUAACCUCAGAGUCAACGGACAAGGACAGUCUGCCACUAAGACACAAGUCAAUGGACAAGGACAGUCUGCCACUAAGAUACAAGUCAACGGACAAGGACAGUCAGCCACUAAGACACAAGUCAACGGACAAAGACAGCUUGCUAGUAACCUCAGAGUCAACGGACAAGGACAGUCUGCCACUAAGACACAAGUCAAUGGACAAAGACAGCUUGUUAACAACCUUGGAGUCAACUUACAAGAACAAUCUAAGAUACAAGUCAACGGACAAGAACAAUCUAAGAUACAAGUCAACGGACAAGAACAAUCUAAGAUACAAGUCAACGGACAAGAACAAUCUAAGAUACAAGUCAACGGACAAGAACAAUCUGCCACUAAGAUACAAGUCAACGGACAAGGACAGCCUGCCACUAAUACACACGUCAAAAGACAAGGAAACUUCGCUUCUAACUUCCAUAUCAAUGGACAACAACAGCUUGCUAAUAACCUACUUUUCAACAGACAGGGGAAGUUAGCUCCUAACUUCCACUUCAAUAGCCAGGGACAACCCACAACUAGCCAACAACUAAUCAACAGACAAGAACGUCCCAGUACUAGCUUUAAUGCCAACAGGUUAAUCCAACCAGCCACAAACUUAGAGUUAAUCAACAGACAAAGACAGCUCAACUUAGAUUUAAUCAACAGAUCACAAAGACAAAUCGUUAGCAGCCUCCAACAAGGACACCUCCAACAAGGACACCCCAUCACUAACUUUCAUCUUCUUAGCGGGCAAAGACAGCUUGGAACUAACUUCCCAAAAGGCAAUACCCAGAGACAGCUCACUACUAACUUGCUAUUGGCCAAUAGACAAGGACAGCCAUAUGCUAGCGGCGGCCAAGAACCAAUACUAGAUGAUUCCUUCUUUAUAACUGGCGAGGCUCUCGAUACAAAGGAAGAUGAUCUUGCAAUUGCAACUGGGACACCAACUCAUGCUGCCGUCAGUGCAGAAUUAGAAGGCUCUGUUCAUCAAGACUUGUCCGCUGAGAGUAAAGAAGUUCCUCUUGAUGGAGUAGGUGUACCUCUUCCAGUUGUGCCUCUUCCGGUUGUUCCUCUUCCAGAUGUCUACCCUGAUGGAUCGGGUGCUUCUUCUGGAGUCAAAGAUGUGUCCCACGAAGAAGUAACUGGGCCCCUUCCAGAUGAGUCUUUUGGAGGGUCUACUGUGGCUUUAGGAACCUCUGAAAGUUUAGAUACGUCUUUGAACUCUGUAGGAUCGAUUGCAGGAACUUCGAGUCUCGCGUUAGAUGGUGUUGGAUCUGGCACUGGUGUUGCGCUUCCUAUCAGCUCCGAUAAGACUGUUGCAUCAGACAUCGAUCUCACUUCGAGUCUCAUAACAGAGCCAGGUGAAGCAUUAAUUGCCCCAUCCUUAGGAGCUGGCACUGCCUCGGCAACACUAUCAACAACUAACUAUCUCCCUCAGGCUCUUGGAUCACUUCUUAGUGGCAGUACAAACCAAAUAACCGACCCUAAUCAAACCUUAGAAAGUUUUCUUUUGGGUCUCAACGGAAAGAACGGUGUGGUGGUUCUUCCCGCUUCUAGUCUAGAAAAAGUAGUAAGUAGUGGCAUCGCAAGCUCUCCGCCAUCCUCCAUCACCAACAGCGUCGUUGGCGAAGCAGCGACCAUCGCCGCCGAAGUCAAACAAGACGUCGUUGGCGGAGUAUCGCCCAUCGCCGCCGAAGUCAAAAAUGGCGUCACUGAAAACAGCUCCGAAGAUUUGGAUGGCUUCGCCCUCGACCUGGACUCCCCAGGCGCCACCACCAUCAACGUUGUGACUGCCACCUCGAGCUCUAUACCAGCGGUCCCUGCAGCCACAUUCGACAUCAACAGCGUAACUCCCACUACCACUACGCUAGCUCCUUUAUUCCGAGGCCCGGUGACGGACAUUCUCUUCACCAAGGGCCGCCUCGUGGGGACCAUCAUCGGGGGACUCAUUGACCUCGGCUCCACAGUAAUCCGCAGCUUAUCACAGAUUAAACCAUUCGCUUGAAGACAGCCGUAGACUUUAAUAAGGCAAAUUGCAUUAAUAAAUUGUUAUAUAGCCAAUGUUUAUCUAGUCUAGCCAAAUAAAUCCGAUAAGCAGAUAAUGCACAUGAAGGACAUGACUGUAUAGCCACUGCUAUAUAUAGCAGAGGAUAUAUAUAUACAGCAGCUCUUUUUUUAGCAAAUGGAAUCACAAACACAUGAGCUAAAAGCAUCCAAAAAGUAUCUUUAAUGUACCAAUAAAGGACAUUUGUUGGAUAAUAUUUAGCGUACUAUCAGUCUCUUAGGCUUGAAGAACAGCACAGCUCUUGUUGGGGGUAUGUUGAUCUCACUCUGUAAUCCUGUCCUUAGUAUAUUGUCCAAAAGAAAUGAUUUUGUAAUAACAAUAAUGCUAAUGUAGCUAUAUUUGUUGAACUCUGACAAGUAAAGGUUUUUCCGGGAUCACAGCCACGAGGAAGCUGUUUUAAUGUGUGUGAGAAGCCAGGCGUGAGAAAGCAGCUUACUGUGAGGGAUGAGGAAAUGAGGAAUGUGAAUAGAGUCAUUAGGAAACUGUCUAUGACUGAUGUGUGAGUAGGGGAAGGGGGAGGAGGUGGCCGAGUCAUGAGGAAGCUCACCCAAUUCUUUGCUGUGAUUGGCGGAGAACCAAUCCCGUGACUGGGGAACCUCUUUGCUGUGAUUGGCGGGGAACCAAUCCCGUGUGACUGGGGAACCUCUUUGCUGUGAUUGGCGGGGAACCAAUCCCGUGUGACUGGGGAACCUCUUUGCUGUGAUUGGUUGAGAUAUUUCCUAGGCUCGCUGCUCACUGACAGCUAUUGAACACGAAGAGAAGCCAUUGUUAUUCCUAAUGUUAAUGUUAUAAUUUGUUCAGUGUUUUAUAUGUAGUUUAGAAUGUGUGUACUGUAUGUAUAUAGCUUUAGAGCACAAGUUAUAUAAAGUUUGUUAAGUUGUUGGGUUGUUAUAUCAAACUACGAUAUCAAUAAAUGAUGAACGUG